CUCAGUGUUGUGUAGAGUGUGGCGCGGGCUUCAUUCAAGCCUGAAAUAAUAAGGAAGUCACAAAAGUGACAUUUGAUAGAUAAUUAAUAUAUAAGGAAGUAGUGUUUUGAAACAACGCAAGAUGGCGUACAGGUCGUGUAUGGGAGUUGUCCUACUAUGUUUAGUUGUUUUAGCCUCAUCAGCGGUACCAAAGAAUCCACGUAAGAAACCCGCAAACCCUCCACCGCGCGCGCCCGCUGCUGACGUAGACCGAGAUGCUGAAAUCACAAAUUCAUGUCCAGAUGACGGGUUCUUUGCUGACGCUGAACAAUGUGACAAAUACUAUGAAUGCAGAAAUGGUGAAAUUAUCGAGAAGCUUUGUCCUGAUGGCAUGGUGUUCAAUGACUACAGUCCAGAGGAGGAAAAAUGCGAUCUCCCCUACAACAUUGAUUGCUCGCAGAGGCCUAAGUUGCAAACACCUCAGCCGACACUGCACUGUCCUCGACUCCACGGUUACUUCUCCCACGAAGACCCUAAGGAAUGUGGCAAGUUCUACUUCUGCGUGGACGGCAAGUUCAAUAUGAUCACUUGUCCUGACGGUCUCGUAUACAACGAUAAGACCGGUAUCUGCACCUGGCCUGAUGAGGCUAAGAAGAAGGGUUGCGGCGCAGCAGACGUGUUCCAUUUCGACUGCCCGGCUGUGAAUGAGACUUUCGGUUUGACUCACCCCCGGUAUGCUGACCCUGAAGAUUGCCAAUUCUUUUAUGUCUGCAUCAACGGUAACACCCCACGCCGCUCUGGCUGCAAAUUGGGUCAGGCAUUCGAUGACGUCAACAAGAAAUGCGAGUGGGCACGUAAAGUUCCUGAAUGUGCGGACUGGUACAAAGGACAGUUGACUGAUGCACAGUUAGACGCGUUGGAGAAUCCACCGACUGUGAAACCCAAGCCUUCCAAUUCCCAGCCGUCGCGCCGCAAGCCACAACGUCCUGGUAAAGGCAAGGCAGUAGAAAGCAGCCCAGAAGAAUAGGCAUUUAUCUAGUUAGACGAAUAAAUUCUAAGUACCAUACCGU